GACUUUGUAAUGACAUUUCGCCGUUUUAUUGAAUUCGGUGAUUUUUUCUAUUCAUUCUUCGGGAAGAAUCAACCAAUUUUGCAGUUUUCUUAAAAUCAACGCAAAAAAAAUAUUUUGCAAACUUUUAUAAUAAAAGGUCUUCUCCAUUAAAAAGAAAAUAAAGCAGAGGCAGCAACAACAACAGCAAUAAGAAAAAUAAAGUGUAAUUUAAUCAAGUCACUAAAUAAAUACCAAAGUAAAAGUAAAUAGACAAAAUAAAACAAUAAUAACAAAAAAGAAAAAAGUGAAAACAAAAGCCAAAGACCCGAGAUCUUAGGAAAUUAACAAGAAAACAUACAUAAAUAAAACAAAUAAUACUUAAAAGUAUUUACAUUUUUAUAAAUUUCGUGGUCAAGUUUCUGUUUAGCUAAAGGAAGAAGGCAAGAAAAAUGGGUGAUUCCGAGAGACAAAGUCUAUUGAAGAAUGAAGAUACUUCAAUGUAUACUUCCGCCUCAACCGGCACCACCACCAAUGCUGCCGUCAAUCAAGGUGAUGUUGGUGUUACAGGCCAACAGCAGCCGUCACAACAGCAACAACCAUCAGCAGAAGCUGGUGUGGCACAAUCGAAUGUACCCUUUAUUGGACCCGAUGAAGUACCACCACCUUAUCAGCAGGGUACAGCUGGUGGUGUACCCAUGGUUACUUGUCGCGUAUGUCAGGGUAUGAUUGAUAUAACCUCGAAGCGAGAUCAGCACGUUGUUAAGUGUCUUCAGUGUAAUGAAGCUACACCCAUACGUAAUGCACCACCUGGUAAAAAGUAUGUACGUUGCCCUUGCAAUUGUUUGCUCAUUUGUAAAAGUUCAUCUCAACGUAUAGCUUGUCCACGUCCCAAUUGCAAGCGUAUUAUUAAUUUAGCUCCCAGCCCUGUUACACCACCCGUACCCACUAUGCCGGGUAUGUGUCGUGUCACCUGUGGCCAUUGUUCGGAUACAUUUUUGUUUAAUACAUUUCACAAUUCGUUGGCUCGUUGCCCCCAUUGUAGGAAGGUUUCAUCGGUGGGCUCUCGUUUUGCCUGUGGUCGUGGCAUAAUAUUUGUCAUUAUUGGUUUAAUUGUAUUAUUUGCUGGCAUUGGUAUAACUGUUGGCACACAUAAUUAUGCUAGGGAUCACGCGGGCAUUUAUGUGGCAUAUAUUGGAAUCUUCUUAAUUAGCUUUUUCCUCUGUGCGCGUUCGCUUUAUUAUUUCCGUUUAAAAGUCUCACAUGUUGAUGGUCCCAUGUAAAUAAACACGUAUUUAAAACGCUUUUUGUAGCAGCAUUCCUUUUGAUAUUACAAAAACAAAUAUAAUUAAAUAAAAGCAACAUGUUUUUCUACUUUAAAACGAAACAACAAAGCAAAAUUUUGAAAUUGAAACUAUUCACAAGCAACAACAAUAACAACAAGAAACAAGUAUAUGAACAACAACUGCAAAAGAAAAGAACACAUCUAUUUAUUAAAAACCAAACAAAAAAACAAUAAAUUGAUGAACUUUCAAACUAUUAAACAAAAAUGAAAUAUUAUAAACAACUACAAAGAACAUGAAAGUAUGUAAAAUGUUUCAUUAAAAAUUAUAUUAAUAAAUAAAUUAAAACAAAAAUAAUUAAUAAUAUUAAUUAAUAUUUAAAUGUUACAGAUUUACGAAAAAAAAAACAGAAAACAAAUAAUUCUACUUUCUACUCUCUACUAAAAAAUCA